GGCGAGCUCGCACUCCGGCUUGGCGUUCAGUGUGGUUCAGACGCUCCAGUCAUUUACGGUACAUUCACUUUCUCUUGUUUGUGCGGAGACCUCAGACAAUAACCAGCCAUGGACGCCAUCAAGAAGAAGAUGCAGAUGCUCAAGCUCGACAAGGAAAAUGCCAUGGACAGAGCUGAGCAGGCCGAGUCAGACAAGAAAGGAUCUGAGGACAGAAGUAAACAGCUUGAGGAUGACCUGGUAACACUCCAGAAGAAGCUGAAGUCAACUGAGGAUGAGUUGGACAAGUACUCCGAGGCCCUAAAGGAUGCCCAGGAGAAACUCGAGCUUGCUGAGAAGAAAGCCACAGAUGCCGAGAGUGAUGUGGCCUCCCUGAACAGACGUAUCCAGCUGGUUGAGGAGGAGUUGGACCGUGCUCAGGAGCGUCUGGCCACAGCCCUGACCAAGCUGGAGGAGGCAGAGAAGGCUGCUGAUGAGAGCGAGAGAGGCAUGAAAGUCAUUGAGAACAGGGCGAUGAAGGAUGAGGAGAAAAUGGAGCUGCAGGAGAUCCAGCUGAAAGAGGCCAAACACAUUGCUGAAGAGGCUGACCGCAAAUACGAGGAGGUGGCCCGUAAACUGGUCAUCAUUGAGAGCGACUUGGAACGUACAGAGGAGCGUGCAGAGCUGUCGGAAGGCAAAUGCGCAGAGCUUGAGGAGGAGCUGAAAACGGUGCAGAACAACCUGAAGUCUCUGGAGGCUCAGGCAGAGAAGUACUCGCAGAAGGAGGACAAGUAUGAGGAGGAGAUCAAGGUCCUCACAGACAAGCUGAAAGAGGCUGAGACCCGUGCUGAGUUCGCAGAGAGAUCAGUCGCCAAGCUUGAAAAGACCAUUGAUGACCUGGAGGACGAGCUGUAUGCCCAGAAACUGAAGUACAAGGCCAUCAGCGAGGAGCUGGACCACGCCCUCAACGACAUGACAUCCAUCUAAACUUUUUCACCUUUCACUCCAGAAGCUGGUUGAGCAUCAUCAUUUCUCUGCUGCGCAGCAGUCCACUGUUCUACUUUGUAUUUCUUUACUCCCCUGCCAAUACUGCACACUUGGACAUCGCUGCCAGCACACUUCUCUUUUAUUUGCCAUUUCUCUCAAACUUUUGAGCCAUAUUGCUUUCUGUAAAAUAAACAUUCUUCCAUCUGUCAGCCCUUCAA